AUGGACCUGUUAUCUAAAGAAGAAGCUACAGUAUUUGUUGAAAAUGUCUUAGGACUCAUUGACAUCCAAAUGAGAUUUAAUACAGACAGAUUGUCUUUUCUGAACGACAUUAUUUAUGAAUAUCAUUGCAAAGUUCCAUUUCACAACGUGGAUCUGUUAGCACUUCCAGUUUCUGAAAGGAGAUUACCAAAUCUGACAGAAUUGAAAGAGAGGGGUCUUUCCGGCAGAGGCGGUCUUUGCUAUCAAAAUAAUACUUUCCUGUAUUUCGUCUUACGAGCUUUGGGCUAUGACGUAACAUUGGUAAAAGGCCAAGUUAAAUAUCCUGGAAAUCACGUGCUGUUAGUGGCACACGAUGUUGUUACGUCAGGUGACAGUUACCUUAUAGAGGCCGGCAUGGGAUAUCCGACAAUGAAGGCGAUCCCUUUAGAUUUUCAAGACGAAUCGCCAGUGUACACGUUUUCAUUUUGUACCUUAAAAUACGUCCGCAUGGAAGACGGAGAGUUUCAUCGAAUGCACAAAGGUUUAGCAAAAGAUUCAUACAAAGGGGAAAACGACCUAGACAACAGCUGGCGGUAUGUCUAUAGUUUUAACACCGCUCCUUGCAUUCUCAAGGAUUUCGAAAGCUCGAUGGUCAGACCAUACACUAACCCAACAACUUCAAUAUUUCUUAAUUCACUCAGAGCUGUUCGUUUUCCGAAUGGCAAGCUGCUGGCAAUCAAGAAUACCUCGAUACUGGAAGACAAAGACGACGCAGUUUUUGCAACUGAGGUGAAAGAUUCCGAAACCCUAAAGAAUACCUUGUCUGUCUUGUUCCCAAUGCUCAGCAGUCCAAAAGAGCUGAUGUCAUCUGCCGUUGAAAUGUUUGAAACAUUUAAAUGCUAUAAUUAA